GUGAAGCAGUUUUUUUACAUCUCAACUCAGAAAAACUGGAGUUCUGCUCAAACAUACUGCAGGAAAAACUACUUUGACUUGGCAGUGAUCGAGAACCAGGAGGAAAACAACAAAGCUCAACGAAUGAUACCGAACAGGGACAUAAGUUGGAUCGGUCUGUACCGAGUGCCGUGGACUUGGUCCGACGGGAACCACGGCUUGUUCCGGCGCUGGACCUCUUCCUCCCCAUCAAACACCGGCGGUACUCGGCACUGCGUCACUGAGAAUAAUUUACAUAACUGGAAUGAUGAAAACUGCAAUACUCCUCAUGUUUUCAUCUGCUAUCAAGUGGUAAAGAAGGCCGCCCUGGUGAAGGUGACGACUGUGACCGACGCCGACCUGACCGAUCCAGACAUCAGCGCCCAGCUCCUCCAGCAGCUGGGCGCCGUACUGACAAGUCAGGGAUGGACUGAUUUCAAAGUACGAUGGAAGAAUAUAGCAAAGAAGAAGGACAAUAAUGAAAACACAGUAUAAUUAAUGUUCUCUGCAUAUUUACACUCCGUACAGAAUGUGAACCACUGUUGGUGAUAAUAAAUCUUCUAUAGAACCAAAUAUAACUGUCCUCUAGAACCUCAUGAGCUGUAAUUUUAAUGUCAGCCAUUCAGAGAUGACAUGAUCUUAAAUAUGAAAGCCAGAA